UUAAGUGCUUUAAAAAUUUGUGUAUAGUGUUUGUAUAGUGAAUUUAGUGCCUUCACUGAAUAGUUUACCUAUAAUUCCAGUUAUUUCUAGACUUAAGUUUAUAAGCAGUAAUGUAAAUAUUAACAAUCAGUGUGUUUUUGUGGUAAAUUCCAAAUUUUGUGGAAAAUAAAAUAUGGAGAAUAAACAAGAAUCAAAAUUAUUACCUGCUGAAGAAGCAUUAAUACCAAAAGUUGUUCCAGAAAAAAAUAAUAGUGUAGCACUUUCCAAAAGCAAAGAUGCCAAAAAAGAAACGCAAAUAUUACCUAAAAAUGAUUCGGAAAAACAGUUAGAAGAGCCAGUAAACUAUCCAAAAUCAGUAUUUUUUAUUCUUCCAUUUACAAUAUCCGAAAGAUAUUCAUUCCAUGCGAUUCGAACACUUUUGACCAUCUACUUAUGUGAUAAAUUUGGAAUGGACAAUGAUGGUGCUACAACUAUUUUUCAUUCAUUCACAAUGUUCGCGUAUUUUUUCCCAAUAUUUGGUGCCAUGAUUGCGGAUAGUUGGCUUGGAAAAUUCAAGACAAUAUUUUUUAGUUCUCUCAUUUAUAUAGUAGGAGUAUUAACGGUUUCGACAGGGAGUCUACCAGUAUUAUUUAAUGUUCAAUCUAGUUUAAUCGUCACAAUAAUAGGAUUAUUAUUAGUGGCAAUGGGUACAGGCGGUAUUGUACCAUGUAUAUCGGCAUUUGGUGGCGACCAAUUUAUCGUACCACAACAAGAGCGACAACUUGUUGAAUUCUUUUCAAUAUUUUUUGUAUUUGUAAAUAUUGGUGUACUGGUAUCACGUUUUAUAUCACCAGUAUUGCGUGGUGAUGUACAUUGUUUUGGGGAAGAUAGUUGUUAUACAUUAGCGUUUUCUGUACCAGCAAUUCUUAUGGGUAUAUCAUCUGUGUUUUAUUUGUUUGCACGAAAUAGAUAUAUUAUCAAACAACCGCAAGGAAAUAUGGUUGUUCAAGUAUUCAAAUGUAUUAAGUAUGCAAUAUCACGUAAAAAGUUAAUGAAAAAGUACAAACGUAAAAAUCAUUGGUUGGAUUAUGCCGAUGAUAAAUACGACAAACCAUUUAUUGAUGGUGUAAAAACAGUGUUACAAGUUCUAGUAUUAUAUAUACCGUUACCAAUAUUUUGGGCAUUAUUCGAUCAAGAAGGUUCACGUUGGACUUUACAAGCAAAACAAAUGAAUGGACAAAUUGGUAGUUUUACAAUAAAACCAGAUCAAAUGCAAACAUUAAAUCCACUAUUCUGUUUAAUUCUAAUUCCAUUAUUUGAUAAAGUUAUUUAUCCAGCAUUUGCGAAAUAUAAUUUAUUGAAACGUCCAUUAAAACGAAUCUUUUUUGGUGGAUUAUUAGCGGCAUGUGCGUUUAUUAUUUCUGGUACUGUGGAAAUUGCAUUACAGAGAACCUACAAUAAAUUACCAGGAGAUGGUUUAAGUGAAUUACGAAUUUACAAUGGAUACGAUUGCCCAUUAAAUGUGUCCUUCCAUAAAAAUGGAACUAAUAUUAUUAUAAAUAAUUUAGAUUCAUACGUUUUAAAAGAUAUUCAAUAUUCAAGACAUACAUGGCGUAAUAAAAUACCAUAUAGUGUGGAAUGUGAUUGUUGCGGAAAAUUUGAAAAUGAACACAAUUUUAAAACAUUUAAUGAAGAUCAAUCGUCGUUCUUCUUUAAACAAGGUGCGGAAAAUGAUACUUCAGAAAUGGUUUAUUUCCAUGAUAAUACCGAUGAAGCAAAAGCACAUGGAAUGCCACAAUUAAGAGUUCUUGUAAAUUCACUAGAAGAUUACGAUAUUCAAAUUCGUAAACACCAUGAUACUUUACAUAAGUUUAAUUCAAAAAAUUUCGAUAAUCAGCAUGUAUUUCUACCAGAUCAAUACGAAUUAUAUAUAAAUGAGGAAAAAGUCAAAGAUUUAGAUCUGAUACUUGGCGAAGUGUAUACAUUAAUCAUUGAUCCAGACGAAGAAUCCGGCGCCUUUGCAAUGAAUAUGGUAAAAGAAGAUAAACCAGAAACACUACAUAUGUUAUGGUUAUUACCGCAAUAUUUGGUUAUGGCUGUUGGUGAAGUAAUGUUCUCUGUAACUGGUUUAGAAUUUUCAUAUUCACAAGCUCCAGCCAGUAUGAAAUCUGUAUUACAAGCUUUCUGGUUACUCACAACGGCGUUUGGUAAUAUGAUUGUUGUUAUCAUAGCUGGUGUUAAAAUUUCUGAGUCUCAAUCGAUUGAAUUUUUCUUCUUUGCUGCAUUAAUGUUUUUGACAAUGAUUAUUUUCUUUAUAUUAUCACGAUCGUUUAAGUAUGCUGAUAAAGAAAAGAAACAAAAUGUUGUUAAUGAGUAUCAAUCAUGGAUGGAACUUUCACAAAUGAAAUAAAUACAA